AUUGAAAAAAAUACCUAUUUAUUUUCCAUACGUUGACGUUUACUUAGAAAUUCUAUAUAGAUGGUAGAGUGCAUUUUCAAAUAAUCACAUCUCCGGCCAUUACAUUUCUUCACACGUUUAAAUUAGUCUUUCUGAAGUAAAGAUGACGAGCCAAACUGGUGCGCAGCUACCCUCAAUACACGAGGACCAACUCUUAAGCCAACAGCAACAGACACAGCAGCAAAUCAAUAUUCAGGGUGCUUCACAUGCUAACUCAGGGCCACCACCAAGACAACUUAAACUAGCUCAUUCAGAUCUGAUUACCGGGGCGGACCUGUGUGGUAGUGAGGAGUAGCCCGGGAUACCCCUCAACUUUUUUGGCGAAGUAGAACAAUACCUCAAAAUUGGUGUCCCUUUAUAUGAAGCAUCAAUAAAAUGUGACUGGAAGGCUGCCAAAGACAUUUUUGAUAAGUACUCAGAGAUGGGAUUGGAAAAGUAUAGCAUUACUGAAAACGGUGAAACACCGCUUCACGUUGCUGCAUCAGCAAAAGGACCAAAAGAUGUUGAAAAGUUUGUGAAAAAUCUAGUGGGUAAGAUGCAAAAUGAAGACUUGGAACUGCAAAACAAGAAUCAUAACACCGCUCUCUAUUUAGCAGUUGUAGCUGGGAAUAUUAAAACGGUUAAAAUUAUGGUGGAAAAGAACAAGAACUUAUUAAAAAUCGCUGGUGCUAAUGGAAAAAUGAUGCCACUAUACGCAGCGGUCUUGUUUGGAAAUAAGGAUGUGGUGAAGUAUUUGUACGAUAAUUCCAAGGAGUUACAUAAUGAUGAUGGCUGGACAACUCGGACUACAUGGUAUGGUGAUGGACCAUCCUUGGAGGAUGGUCCGCCACGUAGGCGACACGUCACAAUCCUCACUAAGAUGCUCCAUCCUCCAAAACUACAAGGCAUGGGGGGCCCACAUCUUUGCGUCGUCGCCAACGUCCCUUUUCGGACGGAGAAGACGGAGACGGUAGGGGGCGGCACGGUGUGUGGACCGUCGCCGACCCGCGACGGGCCGGGGCCGACCCCCAUACCGUAUAGCCUCAGGAUCGUGGUUGGCUGCUUGAGAAAUGUGUCGAGAAUGAUAUGUUCGAUGUCGCCUUAGGGAUUGUGGAAUCUUAUCAAGGACUUCGUGAUCAAAAAGUACUUCAACUACUAGCUCGAAAGCCGGAAGCAUUUUCUGAAAAGAAAUCUAACUUCAUCAAAAGAAUCAUCAACUCAGUUUGUGCGUUUAUUUGUUUAAAGGGGGAAUCGCAUGAAAAGGAAGAUUACGCAUUGAAAUUACUUCAAAUCAUUUGGGGAGAUAUAGCGAAAAAAUCUAAGAAAGAAAUUGAUGAUAUAUUAAGAGGGCCGGUAGAUACAAACCAAGACAACAAGCCGGCUUCAGGAACUGUAGAAGAACUACAGAAGCUCAUUUCUGGCCAUAUUGUGAACAUGCAUGUUGAAAUCCAAAACAAUAUAAUUAAACGACUGCCAGCUACCGGAAAUGAUGAUCAAGCUUUGCAACUACAAAAACUCGUCUCGGGACAUAUUGCCAAAAUGCAUGUUGAAACACAAAAUCUAAUCAAAGGACCAUCAACUUCUUCGAAUAUACCAUCAACUUCUUCGAAUAUUCCAAAUGUACCACCGUCGGGAAACACAACUAAAACAUACUCUUCUCGAAUAAUAUUUCUUGCUGCAGAAACAGGCAAUACUAAAUUUAUAGUUGAGCUCAUCCGUCAAUAUCCAGAUCUCAUAUGGAAAGUAAAUGAUGACGGCUUAAGUAUAUUUCACAUUGCUGUCAAACAUCGCCAUGAAGGUAUCUACAACCUAUUAUAUGAGAUAGGCUCAAUGAAGGAUUUGAUUACUCCUCUCAAAGAUCAAAAGCAGAACACUAUGUUGCAUUUAGUUGGGAAGAGUGCAAAAAAAAGCGACUCGAGGAUGUCUCGGGAGUUGCUUUACAAAUGCAACGAGAGUUAUUAUGGUUUAAGGAAGUAGAAGCUACGAUUCCUCCUUCUUAUAGGGAAAAGAAGAACAAAGAUGGUCUAACACCAUAUGAGUUAUUCACAAAGGAACACAAGGAUUUGAUGACACAAGGCGAGAAAUGGAUGAAACACACUGCUAGUCAAUGUAUGGUUGUUGCGGCUCUUAUUGCAACCAUAGUAUUUGCUGCAGCUUUUACGGUUCCGGGUGGAUACGACCAAGACAAUGGUAUACCUAUCUUCCAUUCAAAAGCAACCUUUAUGGUUUUCGUUGUGGCGGAUGCCAUUUCCCUAUUUGCGUCUUCUGCUUCAAUUCUCAUGUUCCUAUCUAUUCUCACAUCUCGGUAUGCUGAACGUGAUUUCUUGGAAUCAUUACCCAAAAAACUGAUGUUCGGUCUAGCAACUCUUUUCCUCUCUAUUGUAACCAUGACAGCCGCUUUUAGUGUUAGCUUUUUUCGUACUUUACCAUAAGGGUUUAUUAUGGAUGCCAAUCCUCAUUGGUGCGUUUGCUGUGAUGCCGGUCCUUCUAUAUCUGCUGCUGCAAUCUGGUCUAUUUUUUGAUGUGUUCCGAUCAAUUUACAUUUCUAGGUACCUUUUUAAACCCAAAAAACAGGUUCUUUACUAUUCAAAUCCCAAGGUCUAACAAUUUUCGGUUUUCGAUUGUAAUGGGAUUGUUUCACAAUGUAAUUUGUAUGUUACAUAUAUUUGAUUAUGUAUAAUUUUA